AUGACUAGAGAAGCAUUUUACAAAAUGCUUGAAGAUGAUAAAGCAGAAGAUGGAAGCAUUAUCUUUGGGAAACCAGUUAUGGGUAUAGAGAGGCAACGAAUGAACUUAGAUCCAGAAUACGGUUGGAGAUACGUAUAUGACCUUAUCCAUGGUCACAACCAACAAUGCUAUCACAUUAUUCGGAUGUAUCCACCAGUAUACAUUCAAUUAUGUGAAAAACUAAAGGAAGCUUAUCAUUUGAAGGAGACUGAUUAUAUAAGCAUCCUCAAAAGCGUUGCAAUUUUUUCUAAAACAUAUGUGCUCACAAUUUAA